AUGAAGACCACCGCCUUCCUCACCCUCAUCGGCGCCGCCAGCGCCCUCGUCGCCCGCGUGCCCCCCAUCGCCGGAGCAGCCUUCGAGGCCCCCAACACCCUCAUCCAGUACCAGCGCUGGUGCCCCGUGUGCGAGACCGUCGCCCUCAACCAGGCAUGCAUCGCCAAGCGCGCCAGCUGCCAGGCCAGCACCCUCGUCGUCCCUGACGAUGCUCCCGAGUGCUCUGAGCGCUGCAGCAACACGUGCCAGCUGUCGGCCGUCGCAGACAGCGACUUCGGAUACAGCUGCAACGUCACCUUGCCCGCCGGUGGUGCCCAGUAG